AUGCUACUGCUUCUGCUGCUUCUGGGGUCCAGAUCCGGGCUUGGUGCUCACGUCUCUCAACAUCCAAGCAGGGCCAUCUGUACCAGCGGAGCCCCUGUGAAGAUCCAGUGCCAUCCUGUAGACCUUCAGGCCACAACUAUACUUUGGUAUCGCCAGUUCCCCAAACAGGGCCUCAUACUGAUGGCGACUUCUAAUAUGGGCUCCCCAGUCACAUAUGAACAAGGUUUUACUGAGGCCAAGUUUCCCAUCAGCCAUCCAAACCUAACAUUCUCAAGUCUGACGGUGACAAGUGCCCAUCCUGCAGAUAGCAGCCUCUACCUCUGUGGUGCUAGUGACACAGCGCUGGGCAGAGAUCAGAGGACCAACCAAAAACCUUUGUCCCUCUUCCCCACCCACUGA